AUGGUUGGUGGGCAAGCAUCUGACGGUGCCAACAACCCUGGAGGAGCUGCAGUACCAGGUGGAUCUGCUGGUGCUAAUGGCCCUCAACAUGGUGGAGCAAUAGCAAAUGGAGCUCAAGGUCAGAACGAGUUCAGCCGUGGUUUGGACUCAGGUUUGGCCAAAGCAGCACCAUCUGCUGCUGGACUGACACAGUCCACAUACAGGUCCUUCAGAAGGAGACUUGACCUGUUCAGCCGGCAAUGUAGAAGACGAGGUCAAGGAGUAGCUCUUGAAGGAGCUUAUCUAGUUCUCUCACAACUACAAGACGUAGCAUGGGAAGCAACAGAGGGAUUGGACUACGAUGACAUGGAGCUGAGUGAGGAUCCCUUCAAACCCUUGCUGGUCGUCUUGGACAAACUUUUUCAACAUGAAGAAGAAGUAGAACUCCCUGAGCGGUGCCAAGAGUUCUUUGAGAAGUUUGCCCGAGAACGAGGUGAAGAACUACAAGCCUACUUGGUGAGGCAUCAAUCGAUGCUUCGAAAGUUGAAAGAGCUCCAGGUGGACAUACCACCCCUUCUUGCUGGUUGGCAUCUUUUGCAAAGGUCUGGAGUGCCGCGGUGGACCCAUGUCCAGGUCAAAGCGAUGUGCAACGGAGACAUGUCAGUUGACCGAGUCUCCAAAGCUUUGAUCCGAAUGUUUGGCGGUGACAGCAAGCCGAACGCCAAGGACUCCAUCCUCAAAGGUGAGAUUCACUACAUGGAUGCUGAGUAUGAAGACCUUGAGGACUAUGGCUUUGACGAUGUCUACUACCAGGAUGAUGACACCUACGCCUACGGCUAUGACCCUGACUAUGACGACACCAUUGAUGAGGUGGAGUACACGGGUGAAGCUGAUGAGGAUGUUCCGCAAGAACUGGAUGAAGCCUCACUUGCAGUGGAGGAUGCAUUCAUCAACUACUUGGACUCACGAAAGAAGAUGCGAGAACUCGCUCUCAGCCGAGGUUUUUACCCUGUGGUUGCCAUCGGCAUGGAUGACAAUGGUGGUGCGUUCAAGGGGCGUGGAAAAGCCUCUGGUGGAAAGGGCAAGUCAAAAGGAAAAGGCCGUGGAAAGAGCAGCGGAGGAAAAGGCAAAUCUGCUGGAAAAGGACACCCCUUGCCUGGUGCACGACGAUACGUUUUUGGACGUCGGCGUGCAGGUGACUCUACAACGACUUCUUCGACGACGGCAUCUGCAAAGUCCACAACCAGUGGAAGCACGUCUCAACAUGGCCCAAGAUUCAAGCGCUACAGGCUUCCAGCCAACGGCAUCAAGGAAGUCCCUGAUGAAGUCACCAUGGUGGAGGACAACUUUGUCAGCGAGGUGAACCAGAUCCCAGUGGAUUACACCACCCAUGAGAGCAUCAACUUUGUCAGCCAAGCUGUUGGUUGGGCUAUCAUGGACAGUGGAGCUACUCGCACAGUUUGUGGUGAAGCCAACUGGAACAAGAUCUUGGAUUACCUCAGUUUGAGGAACAUGGAGCCUGACAUCGACAAGGAAACAAAGGAUUUCAGGUUUGGAGAUGGUGCCAUGGUGAGAUCGCUUUUCAGAGCGAUGAUCCCUGUCUGCGUUGGCAAGACCUGGCGACAACUCAUUGUGCACGUCCUUCCAGGACACACACCUUUGCUUUUGGCACGCCCAGAUCUUGAAUCUUGGCAGACGGUGGUGGACUAUGGAAGAAAAACUGUGAUGAUCGGUGACGUGCAGGUGAAGCCAGCGUUCACAACCAACGGGCACUACAUGAUCAACAUCUUUGACGACCUUGAGGACGUCUUGAGCUUUGCAGAGCUGGACAACAUCGACGUUUCUGUGGAGACCUUCGUGGACUCAAUGAUCACCGAUGAGGUCUCUGACUUUGAGGCCGACCUUGACGUCGAGGUGUCAGAAAAAGAAGCGGAGGAGUUUGUCUUCGCUGCAAGCACGAAAAGCCAACAACACGAGCGCAAGCUCAAGUUUUGGGAAGUCUAUGCGGAUGAAGGAAACCUGAGCAAGUAUCUGCAACGAGCAUAUCAUGAUGUGGAG